GACUCCUGGGGGCGGAGGCCCAGGCGUCAGUGGGUUGAGCCGUACCGGAGCGCUUGUUUACCCGGGCCGGUUCUUCAACGGCCCGAGCCCCUUUUUUUUUUUGGUGUUUUUGCUGUCAUGGAGAUUGGAGCUGACCAGACUUGUCCAGCGCGCGCCGUGGGAUCCUUGGCGCCGGGUCGAGACAUGGAGCCGCCGGCCAGCCUCUCGCGCGCGCCCGUGAGGCCGCAGACGCGGGCGGGCGAGGGAGACUGCCAGCAUCUCCCGCGGGACACCGGGACACGGCGACCGCCCGCGUUCUACAGCUCCGUGUUCGCGCAGAUCGAAGAGGUGGGGUGGGAGCGGCUGGUGAGCGCCACCGGCGACGACGGGGUGUCCUGUCUCACCUUCCGUGUCGUGGAUGAGCAGGGACGAAACCAUUCACUGGAGAUCACACUUCCCAUUAGCUAUCCUGCAAGCCCCCCAUCAAUUGUCGCGGAUGUACCUUAUCUCCCAAAAAUACAGUGGUCAAAAAGAACAAAGCUGAAAGAUGUUCUCUGCCAGUUCCAAGAGCACCUGAAGAUAUUACAAGAGUUCUGGUCUACGAUGGAUGAGAUUGAUAAAGCCCUUUGGGUUGUUGAUCCAAAAAAAAUGACCUAUGCUAUGUCUCAUCGUCGUAUAGCUUUAGGUGAUGAUUGCUAUAUUUUACUACAUGUUGAUGCACGCAAGCCCAGCUCCUUGCCAGAGUGUCGCUUCUUGAGCACAGAUGGGAAACUUGAACCGCUCAUAGUGAAUUGGAGGAAAAACCGCAGAAGAUGGGAUGCAAAGAAGAAAUUCCAUGAAAAUUUGGCAGCAGUCUUGGAUUUUGCAUUGCCUGCACCCCCUUCAGUCAGUAGCAUCAAAGAUGACGAGCAAGCUGAUUGUGGGAUAUGUUAUGCCAAGCAUCUGCCAGUCGACGACGAGCUCGGCACCCACAGCGGGUGCGCGACCAACUACACAUGCGAAAACCCUAGCUGCAGCAGAGCUUUCCACUCUGUCUGCCUCAGAGAUUGGCUACGCUCCAUCACCACAACAAGGCAGUCGUUCGAUGUCCUGUUCGGGAACUGCCCGUACUGCAGCGACCCUGUUGCCGUGAAGAUCACCGACCCCAUUGUAACUAACGCUGAUGCGGUGGUUCUGCGUUUCUGGCUCGUCACUGCUUUGCAGUACAUGCAGUAUCAUCCUAGCCUACGCUGUCGCGCUCCAGUCGUAUUUCGACAAGUCCCCCGAGCCGAGCACGCAGAUGGGGACGACGCAGCGCGGUUGGAAUUGUCGCGCCACGCCACGCCUCGCCUCGCCUCCUCGGCGACCAACCACCUCGCGGCGCGGAAUAGAAAAAAAGUCGCAGUCUUGGACGGCGACGGCUUCCCGAAUCCAAGCACCUAUAAAAAACACCAGCCCACGGCCUCGUCAGAGGGAGAGAAAAUGGCGAGUGGGGGGGAGAAGAAGCAGAGGCGGCGGCGGCGGCUGCUCGGGGCGGCGUGCCUCCCGCGGCCCGGGUGCUUCACGGUGUCCGCCACAGGAGAAGACGAGGGCACGUCGGCCUCCGGCGCCGGCGAGGGGGGGACCAAGCCGACGCCGACGCAUCUGGUUGUGACGGUCAAUGGGAUCGUCGGCAGUGCAGAAAAUUGGCGUUUCGCAGCAAAACAUUUCAUCAAGAAACACCCUGAAGAUGUGGUUGUUCACUGCAGCGGGUGCAACUCAGCUACUCGAACUCUUGAUGGGGUUGAUGUGAUGGGACGAAGACUGGCAGAGGAGGUGAUCUCCGUUGUUCAGUGUAGACCAGAGCUUCGCAAGAUCUCUUUUGUUGCACAUUCAUUGGGUGGACUAAUCGCAAGAUAUGCUAUUGCACUAUUAUAUGAGAGUGCUACACAAACAUAUUCUCAUGAAGAGUGUGAGAAGCAUGCUGUUGACUAUUCCAGCAACCAGCAUACUGUUGAAGGAAAAAUUGCUGGUUUGGAGCCUAUUAACUUCGUCACUUUUGCAACACCACACCUUGGUACAAGAUCACAUAAACAGAUACCAUUGCUUCAUGGUUCCAACAAAUUGGAAAAGAUGGUAUAUCGUUUGUCUUGGAUAGCUGGGAGAAGCGGAAAACAUCUUUUCCUGAAAGAUAUUGAAGAUGAGAAACCAGCACUCCUUCUACAGAUGGUUACUGAUUAUGGUGAUCUCCAUUUCAUAUCAGCUCUGCGCUCUUUCAAGCGUCGUGUUGCUUACUCAAAUGUUUGCAAUGAUUUUAUCGUUGGCUGGAGGACAUCUUCAAUACGCUAUCAACAUGAGCUUCCCAAGCACCAAAAUUUUAUAAACGAUGGUAGAUAUCCACAUAUUGUAUAUGUGGAAAAAACAAAGGCUCAGGAUGUUGAUUUUUCGGACGCAAUGAUUUACCAGGCAAAAACUACAAGUGAAAUGGAAGAAGUGAUGCUCAAAGGUCUGAAUAGACUUCCAUGGGAAAGGGUAGAUGUUAGCUUCAAGAAAAGUAGACAAAGGAUUUUUGCUCAUAGCACCAUUCAGGUCAAGACUUAUUUCUUGAAUUCUGAUGGAGCUGACGUGAUUUUUCACAUGAUCGAUCAUUUUCUUUACUAACAUGGGGGUGCUAAGGUGGUGCCAAAUUCUUCUUUUUGUGGGUCAAUUCCGGUCGGAGUGUAGAACUCGUUGUAAGUUGGGUCUCUACGCUUCCUGUAAUUUUUGAGCCGCGUAGGUUCUUUUCCAGACUCCAGCAACGCAUUGUACAUGUACCGAUGUGCUGGACCACAAUCUGUUAUCCAUGUAUACAAUGAAAUUCGCUGUGCUUUUGCUUCUCGAACAGAGAAGUAAGAGGCGGGCAGCAAGGAUCUCA